AGGGCAGGGCGCAGCAUUAGUCGCUCUCUUCAAAGCGUUUCCUACCGCGAUAGUCGCUCAUUGCGUUACCAUGGUAACCGACGCCGGGACGAGAUGUGAGGGAGACGCUCGGCCGACGAGCUAGCUGGACUCUUGAGAUGCUGCCAACAUGGCGGACUCGGGCGGUGCUGCCGCGCUAGAGGACGGCGCGGGUCCGGCCGCUCGGCCCCCGCUGGCGGAGAAGGCCCUGGCCGAGGCCUUCUGCCGGGUGCGCUACCGGGACACGUCGCUGCUGGUGUGGCAGCAGCAGCAGCAGGGGGCCGCCGCCGCGCCGCCGUCCUCCUACCUGAGCCGCAGCCAGUCGUCCUGGUACAGCAGCUACGGCAACCAGGCCGUGCUGGUCCGGGACAAGAGCAGCCUGGAGGACGCGGGCCAGUCCAGGAUCUGCAGCGUCAUGUAGGCCAGAGACUUCCGCUCCACGUACUGACUUUCACAAUAAAAGCUGAUGAUCCAAGA